GAUCGUCUUCUAAUUCUGCAUUGUUCGUCAUCUACUUGCUGCCCCUUUGCCAUCAUGAGUCCUACUGUCAUCAUUGCUAUGGAAAGCCUCUCUUUCUCUCUCAUCUCCUCUUCUUCCUCCCCUUCUUCUUCUUCUCUCUUCCAUUUCUUCUUCUAUUUAUACUCUCAAUCCCCUUCUUCCGCCAUUUCUAACCAUUUCUCCACCUCCACACCAUCCCAAAAAUGUGCGAUUCUUCGCGAUUGAUCCUUACUCCUUCCUAUUUAGCUUGCCGCCAUCGCCGCCGCCCCGUUCGAGUUUACAGGCUCUUGAGGAGGAUGAAAUUCGCCAAGGAAGAGGUUGAGAGAGAAAUGGAGAUUAAGAAUUUGAAACUGUACAUGGAGAAUCAAAGCAUUAUUGAAGAGAACGAGAGAUUGAGAAAGAAAGCGUUUCUUCUUCAUAAAGAGAAUCAGGUUUUGUUAUCUCGACUCCAGAAUUUCUCCAAUCAUAAACCAUCGCAGCCUAGCUCCGAUUUGAGUGACUGCGGAAGGGAAAUUAAACAAAAUCAUCUGUAAUCAAAGAAUCAAGUAGAUGAUCUCUCGACCUUUGAUAAUUUUCUUGCUACUGAUUUCUUCUUUUUUUACUACGAUUAAUUCCUUGGUUUGUAAUCUGUUGUUUUGACAAUAAAUUAGGUUUUUUAUUUUGAGGGGAAGGGAAUAAAGGGUCAAAUUCGGUUAUUAGGGGAUAGAUUUUCAGAAUAUAGUUAGUCGUGUGAUGAAAUAUUAUCAUGAAGCAAAAACUCUGUAGUUUGUACUGUUAAAUUCGAUCUAUCUAAAUUCUCCAUUGAUGAACC